AUGCUCCUCCCGUCGCUAAUCUCCCUCCGCCGCCCAACCGACUCGCCGCUCUCGCCGGAAGAUAUCUUCGGGUCGUCCCUCGGCGGCAUCUUCACGGACGACCUGCAGAACCAGCACGGCGAUGAUCCGAACACGGUGAUCCUAUACCGGCCCUCGAACCCCGCAUACAAAGAGCUUGAGUUCAGGACAGCGGACGUUGAUGGCGAGGAGCAGCGGCGCAAGUUUGCGCAUUAUCUGUGGAAUGCCGGGAUAUUGAUGGCGGAGCUGAUGGGAGGAAGACCGGGGGAGAAUAGGGCGCGGGACAGUGGUGUUGGGAUCGAAUCGAUUAGUGAGCACGAGGCUUGGAAGGAUGGAGAGUGGUGGACUAGUAGAGAGGAAGAAGAGCGGUGGAGCGUGAAGGGACAACGGGUCCUUGAGCUGGGUGCAGGAGUCGGAUUGGGUGGCAUAAUGAGUGCUCUGACGGGAGCUGAAGAGGUAGCCAUCACCGACUAUCCCGCACCGCCGAUUCUCGACACGAUCGAGACGAACGUCUCCAACAAUCUCCCUCACGAUCUCCGCUCCAAAAUGAUGGUCCAGGGCCAUCAAUGGGGCGACUUCGUUUCGGAGUUCGCAACCUCACACGCCCAUCGCCAUACGCGCAUACUGGCAGCCGACUGCCUUUGGAUGCCGCACGAGCACGAAAACCUCGCCCACUCCAUGCUCCACUUCCUCUCCGAGUCUCCCGACGCUCGCAUAUUCGUCAUAGCUGGAUUCCAUACCGGGCGUGCUAGGGUAGCUCCAUUCUUCGAGGAGACGGUACCCCUGGUGGGAAUGCAGAUCGAGGAGAUAUACGAGAUGAAUGCGGAGGGUAAGCGCCGUCCAUGGGCGAAGGAGAGAGACGGUGGGCGGGAGGAUAUCGGCGAGCGGAAGAAGUGGUUGGUCGUGGCGAGGUUGAGGCGUCGAGCUGAGCCAUGA